AGCUACCAGCGCUAGCUUGCUGUGCUGGUGUGUGAGGGGGAACCUCUGAGGCUCUGCAGCAACAAUGUCUUCAGCUCAGUCUCUGAGAGAGGUGAUCAGAGAGCGGCUAACUGCUGCUGCUGCAGAAAUCUUCUCCGAGUUUGAAAAAACCAUCGUCCGCUACGAGGAAGAGAUCGAUCGUCAGCGCAGACUGCUGGAGAUCAGCUGGAAACCACAGAUCAACUUACACAGAAUAGAACUCCCACUGCAUUAUGUCAGGACAGAUGAGGAGGUUCUGACUGACCAGCAGCUCUGGAACCAGGAGAGGACCUCCAGUUUGGAGCAGGAACAAGCAGAACCUUUACAGGAGGGACCAGAACCUCCACAGAUGAAAGUGGAGCAGGAUGAGCCAGAACCUUUGCAGAUUGUAAAACAAGAGGAGCUCUGCAUCAGUCAGGAUGAAGAGCAGUGUGUACUGAAGCAGGAGACGGUGACCUCCCUUGUGACUCCUGCUGGUGAGGAAAGAGACCACGAUGAAGCAGAGCCAGACAGACACCAACUCCUUUUGUCACUGUUUCCUGAGGCUGAGAUCAGAGCUGCUGCUGCUCCGGGGUCAACAGAACUUCCACAGCAUCAUAUCUGGGAAAAAGAAGAGGUUCUGACUGACCAGCAGCUCUCUGACCAAGUGUCAACCUCCAGUAUGGACCAGGAGGAACCAGAAGAUCUACUGAUCACAGAGGACCAGCCAGAACUCUAUAUCCAUCAGCAUGAAGGGCAGUUCCUUUUUAAGCAAAAACAUGUAACCUUCGUAGGGACUUAUCCUUCUAACGAAACAGACUGCCAUGAUCCAGAACCCAACAGGAAGCAACCCUUGAGUCAGAAUUCUACAGAAGCAGAGAACCAAGAUCAGGGUGGAUGCAAGAAAGAAAACUCAGAAUCAAACAGCAAUGAAGAACUGACACAUAAUAAAAGACGUCUGCAAAGCGAAGAUCACAGAGACAAUGUAGAUGUUCAGACACUGAAAAAGCACAAGAGGGCUCACAUAGGUGAGAGGCCAUUUUAUUGUAAGCUCUGUGGAAAAUCUUUCAGUCACAAGUCUUGUUUAUGUCGUCACAUGAGAAUUCACACAGGUGAGAAGCCAUAUCCAUGUAACGCUUGUGGUAAAUGUUUUACUGCCAGUAGUGACUUGACUACACACAUGAGAACUCACACAGGUGAGAAGCCAUUUCCAUGUAAAACUUGUGGGAAAUGUUUUACUGCCAGUAGUGUCUUAACUAAACACAUGAGAACUCACACAGGUGAGAAGCCAUAUCCAUGUAAAACUUGUGGUAAAUGUUUUACUAACAGUAGUGUCUUGACUAAACACAUGAGAACUCACACAGGUGAGAAGCCAUAUCCCUGUAACACUUGUGGUAAAUGUUUUACUAACAGUAGUGUCUUGACUAAACACAUGAGAACUCACACAGGUGAGAAGCCAUUUCCAUGUAACACUUGUGGUAAAUGUUUUACUGUCAGUAGUAACUUGACUACACACAUGAGAACUCACACAGGUGAGAAGCCACAUCCAUGUAAAACUUGUGGUAAAUGUUUUACUGCCAGUAAUAUCUUGACUAAACACAUGAGAACUCACACAGGUGAGAAGCCAUAUCCAUGUAAAACUUGUGGUAAAUGUUUUACUGCCAGUAGUGUCUUGACUAAACACAUGAGAACUCACACAGGUGAGAAGCCAUAUCCAUGUAACACUUGUGGUAAAUGUUUUACUGCCAGUAGUGACUUGACUACACACAUGAGAACUCACACAGGUGAGAAGCCAUAUCCAUGUAAAACUUGUGGUAAAUGUUUUACUGCCAGUAGUAACUUGACUUAUCACAUGAGAACUCACACAGGUGAGAAGCCAUAUCCAUGUAACAAUUGUGGUAAAUGUUUUACUAACAGUAGUGUCUUGACUAAACACAUGAGAACUCACACAGGUGAGAAGCCAUAUCCAUGUAACACUUGUGGUAAAUGUUUUACUGCCAGUAGUACCUUGACUAAACACAUGAGAGUUCACACAGGUGAGAAGCCAUAUCCAUGUAACACUUGUGGUAAAUCUUUUACUGCCAGUAGUGACUUGACUACACACAUUAGAACUCACACAGGUGAGAAGCCAUAUCCAUGUAACACUUGUGGUAAAUGUUUUACUGCCAGUGGUGGCUUGACUAAACACAUGAGAACUCACACAGGUGAGAAGCCAUAUCCUUGUAACACCUGUGGUAAAUGUUUUACUGUCAGUAGUGACUUGACUAAACACAUGAGAACUCACACAGGUGAGAAGCCAUAUCCAUGUAAAACUUGUGGUAAAUGUUUUACUGCCAGUAGUGGCUUGACUUAUCACAUGAGAACUCACAGAGGUGAGAAUAGGGAUGGGUACCUUUGACAUUUGAAUCGAUUCGGUACUAAUUCCCGGUACCUAGGAAUCGAUACCGGUACUUAACUGUACCAAUUUUAGAUACUUUUGAGUGUUUAAUAUUUUAAUUCUUUUAUAAUUAAAUAUAUAUAUUUUCUCAAUAUAUAACCAUAUUUGAUAAAUAUCACAAUAAAUAACAUUCAACAGUUUGUAUUUUAACAUCGACCUUGUAGUUUUAUAAGCUGAUAAUUAAACUGAAGCAAACAUCUUUACUGUGAACUAAAUUUACUGUGUAUCUUCAUUCCUUAUGCCGUCCUUUUUCAUUUGAUUUUUCCUACUGGGAAGUUAGAAUUUCCAGGAGAAAGCGAACGCACCAUUAGCUCAUAACAAUGGUGGCAAUGGAAGCUAACAUAUCAAGCUAACGUUAUCUUAAACAGUUUAUUUAGCUGCUGGAGCAGAUUUAAACAAUGAUGCCUCACACUUGGAUCAUUGUUGCUGGUUUCAUCUCCACCCAAUAACCCGUCACAUUUAGUAAAGUGAAGCCAAACAUUAGAGCGUGUUCAUGUCCUUUUAGUCGGAAAAUUGGAGUUCUGAGGAGAAAGCGAACCCACCCAUUAGUUGAACGGAAGCUAACAUAUCAAGUUAACGUUAUCUUAAACAUUUUAUUUACCUACAGGAGCAGAUUAAGAUGAGGAUGUCUCACUUAGAUCGUUGUCGCUGGUUUCAUCAUCACCCAGUUACCCAUCACAUUUAGUGAAGUGGACUCAAGCUUUAGCGUGCAUUCUUUCUACCAUGCUGUUCUGUUUACAACUGGCUCGCAGCGAGCGACGACAUAACACUCUUGCGCAUGCGCAGCUGUCUAGGCAAGUUCUCGUUAUGAAGGACGGGUACCGAAACGAGGCACCGUUUCAAAUGAUGUGAAUCGGUAGCCUAGUGAACUAGACCAAAUUCUUGCUUUGCAAAGAAUGGUCUAGGCAUGCUCCAUUGGAACCUCAGCAGCUCCUACCAGGACUCUGGCUAGCCAAUCACAGCUCUCUAGAGGGGUUUCAAACACAUGGUAAAUGGCCUGUAUUUGAUAUAGCGCCUUCUAGAGUUCUUGAACCCCCCCAAGGCGCUUUACAACACAAUCAGUCAUUCACCCAUUCACACACACAUUCACACACUGGUGGGGAUGAGCUACAAUGUAGCCACAGCUGCCCUGGGGCGCACUGACAGAGGCGAGGCUGCCGAGCACUGGCGCCACCGGUCCCUCCGACCACCACCAGCAGGCAACGUGGGUUAAGUGUCUUGCCCAAGGACACAACGACAGCGACAGACUGAGCGGGGCUCGAACCUGCAACCUUCCGAUUACGGGGCAAGCACUUAACUCCUGUGCCACCGUCGCCCACAUAAAGAGCUGUGAUUGGUCCAUAAUGGUGGGCCAAUCAUAGUGCUCUAUCUCUUUAGUGAACAAAUCACAGAGCUUUAUCCGCUUUGUGGGCCAAUCAGGGCAUUCUAUAUGCCUGGUGUGUGGGAUGAUGCAACAGAGUGAAACAAGAGUAUGUCACAUUCAUUGUCCAGUGGAAUGCGGAGAUCAUUUGAAAGACAACAGUAGAACCCGCCCCACAACCGAAAGCCGUCAAUGGAGCGUGGCCAGACUAAAUAAUACAUUUAUUUAGUCUGGCUUGCCAGGCUAGUGAAUUGGUGUUCAGUCGGUACUAUGGAUUUCGGUCGGUACCUUAAAAAGCACCGAAUUCGGUACCCAUUGCUAGGUGAGAAGCCAUAUCCAAUUAACACUUGUGGUAAAUGUUUUACUGUCAGUAGUAACUUGAGUUAUCACAUGAGAACUCAAAACAAGUGAAAAGUAUUUUCCAAGUUUGGUCUGUAUGAAAUUUAGCCAGAUAUUUUCUUUACCUUUUUGUAAUUAUAAUUGACCACUCUGGGUUUUUCAUGCAGGCUGAACAUGAAAAUAGUCUCCUACACCUUUCUCCUGCAUUAGCUUCUGAUAGAAAAUAGAUGAAACUCAUGUAUUUGAAAAUCCUCACAGAUCUAUGUCACACUGUGAAUUGGCAUUUAUGGACUCGACGAUCUUGAUUCACGACAGGGAAGACUGUUGUUGUUUUAACGUCCGGUAAUCAGCAGUGGACGUCUCGGCUAGUUUAAGCUAACUGUCAGCAUUAGCAACUACACCUCACAGCAGAAGGUCCUCCAGGCUCGUGUAUUUUGAGAGAUAAAAUAUCCAUGUUGCAAGUCAGUGGUAGAGUUGCAUUGCUGUUAUCCAGUCUGGGGCGAGAUGUCCACACAUCACGAAAUAAGACUCCAAAACCCGCCGUCUAAGGCCUAGUCCACACGUAGCCGGGUUUUUUUAAAAACGAAUAUCCGCCCCUCCAAAAACUUGUAUCCACACCACCUCGUUUAAAAAAAAAAACUGUCCACACGUACCCGGAUAAACACGUUGUUCAGGACAUGCCAGACCUGUAGGCGGCAGUACUUCCCCCGUUCUUAACCUCGUCCUUCGUCUGUGGUCUUCCGCAAGGAGCAGUAAUUCCGCUUGCAAAAACAAACAAGCAAAAAGCGCUUGGACAAUUGAUAAAGUGAGCGCAGCUCGGUGGGCUUCCAUGAUGCCGGCUAGUGUAAACACAGGUCGCACACGUGAUGUCAGCAUUUUUUGUCGCGGAAACUGACGUUGCGGACCUUAAAACUCCGAUUUUGUCUGUCCACACGCAGACACCCAAAACGGAGAAAACGCAGAUCUUCACUUUGGCCGGAGUUUUUAAAAAGAUCCGUUUUCAUGUGAAAAAAACUCCGUUUUCGUGUCGAUGACAGGCCAAAACGUAGAAAAAUAUCUACGUUUUGGCAGAUCCCCGGCUACGUGUGGACAGGGCCUAAAGCUCAGCUGUGAUGUGAGAAAAUUUUAGGUCUGAGAAAUGGUGCAACAGUAUAAUUGUUCCCCCUGAGAACCAUUUACGAGGUAUUCAAUCCUACCAGAGACCACCGCACUGAAAAAAAAUGUCACCCACUCAUUGAACACAUAAGCUAAUUCCAACGCUCUGUUAAAGGCACUCUGAUAUUUUUUUCUUUUGUUGAAUAAAAUUCUAUGUAGUCUGUUAACAAAUUAAUCUUUUUUCAUUGAUAUUUUUAGUCGUUUAUUCUAAUUUAGCUGGAAAUUUUACAUUUUAAUAUACAUAAACUGUGGUUGGCCAAUAUUUUAAUUGUUAAGCAUUUUUCAUUAGUCUUUAUUUUCAAGGUUUGUUUUUGUUCUGUUUGGUUUUAGUUUCAUCUACUUUUUAGUUUCAGUUUAGUUUUUAUUAGUGUUAAUCAAUUUUUUAUAGGUUUUUGUAAUAUUAAGUUACAUAUCAGUGACAAGACUGAUAGUCUGAUACUGACUGUUGGAUAAAAACAGUAUUAGAUGCAUGGAAAAUGAUUUUGUCUGGGUACCAUCUGGUGUUUUUUGAUUGAAACGAAGGUUUAUUCCAUGUUCAUAUUUUGUUAUUAUUCUGUGCCUCCGGCAGGGAGGUUUGACCUUGUAAGUCUGCAGUUCUGUUAUCACGAAAGCUCCCUAGUGAAGUCCAGACGGAGCUUUUCUCUGUUAUACCAAGAACCAGGGAAAGUUUCCUUUCUGUGAGGGGGUGGAUUUGUUUAUCUUUAAUGUGUGUGUGUGGGGGUGUGCAUGUAUCGGGGACUUUGAGAGUGUUACGUGUGACAGGUUCGGCUGCCGGUUCGCUGGGGGAGGUUCGGCUGCCAGUUCGCCGUGUGUGUGUUCCUUUGAGAGUGGUUUUGCUGUGUGACAGGUUCGGCUGCUGUUUUGCUGUGUGUGUGUGAGAAAGAAAGAGGGAAGCGUUAAUUUGUUUCGGUGGCUGCCAAAUGUUAUCUGAAAGAAUUAUUUUACUAUACGCCCUCAUAAGCAGUCUGAUUGUCUUUCUAAUAAUUUUCAUACUAGAACUAAUCGGAGUUCUUCCAGCGUGUUUUACUAAACCAGUAAACAAAACAUCUUAGAUACGAUGGGGAAUACUAAAUCAAAAGACAGAGGAAGGGAGAAACAGCGAGAUGAGGCAGAUAAGACGGGUGGGCAGACAGAACAGAAAAGACAGAGAGAAGGGGAAACAAAAAGAUAACGAAGGCGAAGCAGGGAAGGAUGUAUCCGUCUUCAGAAAACUAUGCGAUGAUUUAUCCCUUGGGCCAACUCCCCUGUCGUAUCGGGGAGCUGGUGAAGUGGCAGGUUCAGCUGCAGCUGCUCCUUCCGCUCCGCCGGCUGAAAGGAUGCACCCGUUCAAACCUGGAGAACAGUCAGAGAAGUGGGUCUCAGAUAUGAUGGAUGUGAUUCACUUGGUAAACCUGUUCUUUUUAAAGCUGCCGCUCUGGUGGCACAUGGCCCAGGUCAUGUGUCAUCAGGGGGAAUGAAUCAUUUAAUUUAACUUGUCAAACGUUUUGGUUCCGAUGGUCUUAGUUUAACAAUAUCAGUCCCUUUCUGGAAUGUAAACCAAAUGUUUACAUUGGCAGUCUAAACACCCAAGCCAAAUAUUACGAACUCUUUUACCUGUUUUCUUUUACUGUUUUGACUAAUUAGGUUAAUUUUGAAAGAAGUGGUUUAAUUUUGAUCUUUGUCAAUUUCUUUGGAGUAAUGAGCUGAUUUUGUGAGGCUUAUUUUUAAAUUUUACGGUGAGUUCUUCUCACCACAUUCUAUUUUAUCAUUUUCUUUGGUCUUGGUGCUGGAAUUCUACACAACGCAGUACAACCAUUAGUGAAAUUUUGUUUAGUACUGCUACAGUAAGGGUGAACUGCCAUUUUUUUAACCUUUUGCUUGUUUUGAAUAGGUCAGUCAGCUAGGGUUAGAUACAUGCAUUCAGGUUUUUAUUAUAUGAUGUUUUAGGGGUUGUGAGAGCUAGAUUUUUGUUUGUUAUUUUGGCCUUCGUUCACCCUGAAGCAAACGCAGUGGAUCCAGCCUGUUAGAAAAUAGAUUUCCUACCCUAUUCAGGGUUCAUGGUUAAAACUCUGUUCUCUUCUGUUGCUGAGACAGUUUUUUCUUAUCUAAUGGUUUUAUAUUAUGACUAGUCCAUGUUGUUUGAGUUUAUUCAGUCCUGGGUCGAUAUAUGUUAACCUUUUCUGUGACUGUUUACAUGUUUUGUUUUGACCCUAAGACACCUUAUCUUUAAACAAUAAAGGACAUCCUUAC